AUGGGGCAUCAACCAUUGCUCCACACUGUAUUUUUUACACUGGGCUUUGCUUCAAGUAUUCCUGAUAGCCUUGCCAACAUCAAGCAGGAACUUCCACCUGAAAUCAUUGAGCUGCAACUGAUGAAUCAACCAGCUGACAGAAUUGAUGGAGAUGGGAGAGGAAAAGAAAACUUUCCAUGCAACAUUGGACGAGGUGUCUCCAUGAAGACUCGCUGUCACACCCACUCCCGCUGUCACACCCAUACGCCCCCCUGGCCCCGCGCCCCGGUGCCGCCCCCAGCCCGGCAGCCCUGGGGCGGGGUGGUCGCGCCCCUCGCUCCCCGGGGUGCGGCGGAGCCUCCCCGGCGCGGGGCCGGCGGUUCCUGCGCGGUGCCGGAGCGGCCGCCCCAUGCGGGCUCUCUCCCCGCCGCCCGCGCCGGGAUGCAGGCGCCCGCGGGCCGCCGGCUGCAGCUCCGCGUUCUGCUGCUGUGGGUUAAUGGUCUAAUGAUGCUUGGAAUCACAGGUGCACAUCAACAGACUAAUAUCUGCAAUGAAUCUCUCAUGUUAGAAAAGUUGCCUGCCUGUGGAAAAUCCUUCGAAGAGAUGAUGAAGAAAGUGGACUCUAAAAAGUGGUGCAACCUGACAGAAUUUAUCAUGUAUUAUGACAGCUUUACGCAGUGCACAGAACGUGAAGCCAACAAUGCGAGCUGUUUUUGGCCAAACCCCCUUGCAGAGGGCUUUAUCACUGGAAUUCAUAAACAAUUCUUUUCAAACUGUACUUCAGACAAGGUUCACUGGGAAGAUCCACCAGAUGAAAUUCUCAUAACUUUGAUCUUGAUCCCAGUCAUGUUGACAUGUGCCAUGAUAACAUUGGUAGUAUGGUGCAGCAAGAGAAGUGAUAUCCUGGUCUAAGUUUUUCUUCUGGGCUUUGUUUUUCUUCAUUUACUUCUUCCGAAAACACUAAGAAAGGAGGACAAAGAGAGAAAUUCAACAUAAAGAUUUCAGAUCCGCUGAAAUGAAACCUGUGGGAUAUUGAGAAAGAGACAUUGUUCCUGUGAACAAAGCUGCCUGCUACUGCUGCCGAAAUUCACUGCUUUUGAAGUUGGCCAUUGGUGUUGCUGUUGCAAUGAUCUCUACUUCCAUUGGACCUAAUCAUCAUCAUGCAAUUCAUAGGCAGCUCCCAGAAACAUCAGAAUUCCUAGGCAAAUGGAACCGUUAGCUAUAAAAGGGUUAAAGUUACUUUAUCAUGAGUAAAGCUGUUUGGUAAACUAAGUUUUGCAAAACUGUAUGUAGGCAUGCGUGGUGUAACAUCAGGUGUAAGGAAGAUGAUACCUCUUGAGUUUUUGAGCAGGAUGCUUGAUGUUUGCAUCUGUGAAUGCUGUGACUUGGAUAAAAGAUCACUGGCAGAGGAACAGAACAUGGAUGUAACCAGGUGGAAGCUUUUCCUGGAACGCAGUAAAAAACAUCAUUAUCAAGAACUGGGAGUAUCGUCCUGGUAAAGGAAAAAUUUCUAUGUCCAGUGACUGUCCCCAUGGGGAAAUUAUCAUGCCACGUUAUAAAAUAGUUUUUUAAAUGCCUUUAAGCACAGCCACUUGGAAUUGUGUGGCUUACAAACAAACUCUGGGAAGAUAUACAGGUCUUAUUUUAUGGAGCUGGAAAAUGUGGAAGGAGAUUGGUUGAUUUUAAAUAUAUUAAGGAAUAAUGAAGAAUCUUUCAUGUGCCAGACUCCAUUUUUCCUCUUUUAUAAUUAUUAUUCUUGACUUGUGUUCACUGUGUAUUCCCCACACUUCAAUUUGUGCAAGUGAUAUCCUACAAAUAAAUGCGAAGGUGUCUUGUUGAUUGAGGUGCCUUUCAGAGCAUAAUAUUUUACAUAAAUAAUUCUUCAUCCUGUCAGGAUUGUGGGAACUAAAUUAUGAACAUCAAAGCUUGGAGCAGACACAGGAGGAAAGAGAACAUACUCUACUCAGAAAUCUUAUUCUAGAAAGUUAUUCCUAUGUAACAGUUUAAAUAAAGAUCAUCUGCCCAAAAUAAAAUUACUUCUAUGUUUGUAUUGUAAACCUUUCUUUUCUGUCAUUCCACAGAAUGCCUUUCAGUUGAAUGCUCUUGAAGAGUAAUAUCUGUAUAAAUAUGACUCUUUGUUUUUCCAUGCCUUAUGCACACAAAACACAGGUUGAAAAGUCAAGCUUCAUAUCUCUGCUAGUUAGAUUUUGUCCUUUAAGAUUCUGGUCUAGUGUUUGAGAUAUAGGUCUGUGUGUAUGAAAAGCAUUUCCAGGCUUGAAUAAAAUUAGAAAUGCCCCCUUUGCUAGAAUUGUUUAUAUGUGGAUAAAUAAAGGGCAUCUGUAGCUGUAACUGGCUUGUUCUCACAUCCUUUCACAGGAGCUGAGGGCACUUUUUCUUUACUUUGAUGUUAAAAUGAUUAAUUUCCUAAGGUGUUUUUCCAAAGAAAUCUUUCCAUUCUCUAGAUGCUAGCAGAAAAUUGGCCUUUAUAAAAGAAUGAUAUGUAUUAAGGAUUUUGGUUUCAUUUUCUUCUUAACAAUUGAUUUAUGCAUUAGAAUGUUUUGGUCCCUCAAAACUAGUGAUGGACCAAAAUCCAACCUAUUCAUUUGAUCCAAAAGAUUGUUUGUUUAAGCAUUUUGUGUGACCAAACCCAAAUAAUUUUCUUUUCUGCAUGGAAUUUCAUUUUAAUCCUCAUUUUACUUUAAAUUUCAACAGCCUUCAAAUCAAUUUUCAAAACUUUAGUUUGGAAACCACACAGCAAAAAUUUUGCCUUUUUCAAAAUCAUGUUCAUUUCUAUCUAAUUGCAAUAUGUGGUACAAAUUCUUGACUCAUUCUGGCUAGUUUGAAACUUUUGUUCACAUGAUCAACAGGCCAGCUGAGAGAUAUCAGCCAGUUUAAUUCAAUGUAGAACAAAUUGGCCUGGGUGCUUAAGGGAGAAGAAACUACUGCCUUGCUGACAUCAUGCUACUAGAUGUGUACUAUGG